GGAAACUAUGGGAGCAAUGAUCCGCACGAAAGGCCCAUUAUUGCUGGCCACAUUUACAACAGUUAUCGAUGAUCGCAUAUCCCCUAUUAAUGAGGAGCCAUCGGUCAAAUUUUCGUGGAACACAUCAGAUAUCACGUGCUUAUCCUUUCGUUGUUGCUUUAGAGACCGCUUCGAGACCCUUAAACUACAUAUUUUUCUGAGCCAAUCUCCGAAAACACCGACUUACUUCUUUGGUAAUUGCAGAGGAGAAUCACCUGUCUGAAACUCGAUUCAGUCCGGAUUUAUACGGUCGCAUGAGGGACGGAAGCAACCAACGUCACGAAAUGAUAUAAAACGAGCUACUUAUUCAAUUCGAACUGGGCCAAACCCCCAUUGCGGGCAUUAUUAAUCCACCAUGGGCUUUUCAAUGCGAAGAUGGCGAGCUGUGGCUUUGAUCGCAAUAUUUACGAUUUUUGGAAUAUACCACUUAACGGCGUCGAGCCGCGAAUGGACCCAGCCCGCGGUGUCACCAAAGCCGAACGCACAGAAACCAAACACCCCACCGAAGACCCCGCCGAAGACUGCGUCUGACAAGAGCGGGAAAACCCACUGGGUGAAACGACCAGCGCGAUACCCCGUCGAAUCUGUCCAGCCUCUACCACAGGGGACACCGAAAUCCAUACCCUCCAUCCAGGCCAAGGCACCAGUCCUUGGUGGGGAAGCCAACUUGGAGCGCAAGAAGCGCCUUGCUGCUGUCAAGGAGAGCUUUGAUCAUAGCUGGGCUGGAUAUAAAAAACAUGCGUGGCUAGACGAUGAGCUUAUCCCCGUUAAGGGAGGAUCGAGGAAUACAUUCGGUGGCUGGGCAGCAACGCUCGUUGACUCCCUCGACACCUUAUGGAUAAUGGGCUUGGAGGAGGAUUUCGCAGAAGCUGUGGAGAGCUUGGAUCAGCUGGACUUUUCGUAUACAAAGGCGACAACCAUCAAUGUCUUUGAGACUACGAUCCGCUACUUGGGGGGGUUCUUGGCAGCUUAUGAUAUAAGUGAGAGGAAAUUCCCGAAGCUGCUGGUAAAGGCAGUGGAAGUUGCGGAGUUACUCAUGAGCUCCUUCGACACCCCAAACCACAUGCCGGUUGUCCGCUGGAACUGGCUCGAGUACAUGGCUGGUGAGGCUCAAGUAGCCCCCUUUAAUAUGGUCGUCGCGGAGCUGGGUUCGCUAUCUCUCGAGUUUACGCGCCUCAGCCAGCUCACUGAGAACCCGAAAUACUACGAUGCCGUCCAGCGCAUCUCUGAUAUGCUGGAAGAACACCAGAAUAAAACUCUUCUACCGGGACUGUGGCCCAUUGCUGUCGAUGCAGGAACCCCAGCUUUCGAUAGAGAUAAUGCCUUUACGCUUGGCGCCAUGGUCGACUCUCUCUAUGAGUACCUGCCAAAGCAAUACAUGCUAUUGGGUGGGCUCCUCGAGCAGCCCAAGAAGAUGUACGAGAAGUUCAUGCCGGUGGCCAAGAAGCACCUCUUCUUCCGCCCCCUCAACCCAGAUAACCUCGACAUCCUCGUCUCCGGCGAAGUCCGGGUCUCGGGCACACCGCCCACAUACGAACUCAAGCCAGAAGGCCAGCAUCUAACCUGCUUCGUAGGAGGCAUGAUUGGCAUGGCCUCGAAGAUCUUCAAUCGCCCAGACGAGCUCGCGAUAGCCGAGAAGCUAACCAACGGCUGCGUAUGGGCAUACGAAUCUCAAAUCCACGGAGUCGCACCAGAGCUCUUCCGCCUGGUGCCGUGCAACAACUCCACAAACCCGACCUGCCAGUGGUCCGAGGAGGCGUGGCACGCCGGAAUCCCGAGUCUCCCCUCCGACGCUGCGGCUGCUCAAAAGAAGAUCAUGAACUUUAGGCUCGCACCGGGGUUUGCAUCAUACCCGGAUGCGAAAUACAUUCUUCGUCCAGAGGCAAUCGAGUCCGUGUUCAUGAUGUACCGGAUCACAGGCGACCCGGCGUGGAUGGAAAAGGGGUGGCGUAUGUUCCAGUCGAUCGAGAAGAUCACGCGGACGUCCAUUGCGAAUAGUGCGAUUGAUGAUGUGACGAAGCCGAAGCCGAGGAAGCUUGAUAGCAUGGAGAGCUUCUGGCUGGCAGAGACGUUGAAGUAUUUCUAUCUGCUGUUUAGCGAGUUCGAUGUUGUGAAUUUGGAUGAGUGGGUGUUGAACACUGAGGCUCAUCCGUUCAAACGGCCGGUGUAAGGAUAUGAGCUAUAAGGCUCUGUGUUUGAAUUGCUUUCUGUGUAUUUGGGGCGUUGGAAAUGGGAUGCUCAGUCGUGGUUUUUACACUGAAAAAAGAUGAUACCGCCAGGGCUUACAGGUCACUUGGGAUAUAUGGGCUAUUGGGAUAGAUUGGAAAGGGGGCGGGUAGGAAUAGGACCAAGGCAUGUGAGCUGCGAACAGAUGGGGGGUUUCUCCAUGGUGCAGCAUUUAUUUAUUAAUCCGUAGUAUCAAAUGUGCAGAAUAUUACGCUAUUUAUUAUACAGUGAUAAUUGCACAACCUGAGCAAGAACGGCGUUUGUAGGAACUAUUGGUUGCCACACACUCUCCGAACUACCCCUCUUAUUGAUUUACAUGUACU